GUAAUACCUCCACUGCAUCGCGUGAGCGUCGUGUGAGUUUGUAGAAAGGGGCGGUACCGAUGUGCUACACUGCAAACAAGAGCGACCGGAGGAUGGAGGAGCAGACGAAGCACAGCUGUACGCGGAAGACGAUAUGAUGUUUUAGAAGCAGUGCGGGCUCGGUGAGGCUGAACUUGUCGUUUUAGACACUUUUGGUCAUCAAAUAGAAAGAUGGCGCCGUUGGGCUCGCAUAGCGUUGACUGCUGGAGAGUUUUAUACUGGAUCCCUGUGCUGUUCAUCAGUCUGAUCGUGGCAUGGUCCUACUACGCGUAUGUAGUGCUGCUCUGCAUAGAUACUAUUGAAAACAUGGGAGAGAAAAUAGUUUACGUCCUGGUAUAUCAUGUGCUUUUCAUCAUGUUCGUGUGGUCAUACUGGCAAACCAUCUUCACAAAACCUAUGAACCCACUCAAAGAGUUCCACCUGUCACAUUCUGACAAAGAGCUAUUAGAGCGUGAAGAUCGGAGAGAAUCUCAACAGGAGAUCUUGAGGAGAAUUGCUAAGGAUUUGCCCAUUUACACACGCACAAUGUCUGGAGCUAUCCGCUACUGUGAUCGCUGUCUGCUGCUGAAGCCUGAUCGAUGUCAUCAUUGCUCUGCCUGUGAUAUGUGCAUUUUAAAGAUGGAUCACCAUUGUCCGUGGGUAAACAAUUGCGUGGGCUUCGCCAACUACAAGUUUUUCAUGCUCUUCCUAGCAUAUUCUUUGUUGUAUUGCCUCUUCGUCACUGCCACCGACUUGCAGUAUUUCAUUCAGUUCUGGACUGUUGAUGGUAAAACACAUGAUCGUCUAAUCCAGUAUUUGAAUGGUCUGCCUGAUACCCAAGCCAAGUUUCACAUCAUGUUCCUGUUUUUCGCUGCUUCCACGUUCUCAGUGAGCCUAGCGUUUUUGUUUGCUUAUCACUGCUGGCUUGUCUGCAAGAACAGAUCCACCUUGGAGGCUUUCAGAGCUCCUGCAUUCCAGCACGGACCAGACAAGAACGGCUUCAGUUUAGGAACAAGCAAGAACUUUCGCCAGGUGUUUGGAGAUGAAAAGAAAUACUGGCUGUUGCCUGUUUUUUCAAGUCCGGGCGACGGCUGUUCAUUCCCCACAUGUCUAGUGAACGCAGACCCCGAACAACCCUCCUCACCCUCUGGACGCAACCCUUCAAUCAAAAGCGCUGGAGAAUCCCAUCAGUUUCCUCCUAAACCUCUGAGAGAGUCUCAGAGCCGACUGCUGAAUAACGGACAGUCAGAAGGAAGUGAAGACAGAGACAAGCGAGGUACGAGCAACCCAGCCUUGACUAUUGAGAAGGAAACUUAGGAGCGUGUUAAUGAAACAGGAGUUUAGUGCUAGUGAUGUCUGUUGUCAGUGGAACAGUGAGGACGUCUCCACUGCUCUUGCACAGACUUGCACUGCCCAUCUACUCUCUACCUAAUGAGUUGUGAUCCUUCACAAGAGCUCACAGUGCAGGAUUAUGCUGUGUACUGUACAUAUAUGAAGGGCCACAGAGUCUCUCGUCCUUCUUGCAAACUGUAUGGCUAUCUUAACGUGCCUAAAGAUGCCCACAGAUGUGGCUGAACAUUUGGUAACAUUACCGUGGUUCCUGCAAGACCCACAUUUU